CGUCCGUCAGGCAGAUCGGUAGACGCCAUUACUGCCUGUAAUACGGAACGCGGAGUGGCAGCGGUGGCGGCGGUCAGAACCCGGGAAUUGGGGAUUCUGAGCACGGAACGGGGAACCGGUGCCGUAUACCGAUUUAUUGGUAGAUAAUUCUGUCAGAUCUAAGAAUGUCUGUAAUCGUCCGGUUGCUGGGGCUUCCUAUUGUGGCAGAUUCGUAUGAUAUCCGAAACUUCUUCAUUGGAUUAAACAUUCCCAGAGGGGGUGUAUAUAUAAUCGGCGGAUUAUAUGGUGAAGCUUUUAUUGCCUUUGAAACAUUUGAAGAUGCCCGCUGUGCCCUAAAUCUUGCCGGCCGUGCUAUAAAGAAUUCCGUUAUUCACCUUUCACUCAGCAGCGAAGCCGAAAUGAGAUACGCUUUUGAAGUGAAUCGCAUCGCUACAAAUCAGCCUUUGCAAGCAAUGUCCUCUGUGGGGUUCGGUAACGGACCAGCAAGUAAUGGACUUCAUCCUUAUGAACCUCAUAUAGCAAGUGGAGGAAAUGCUUCUUCCAGAGUUCCUUCCUUUUUAUAUAUGCACGGGAUGCCACUCAAAGCAACAAAGGUAGAUAUAAAAGAUUAUUUUAGGGGACUUGAUGUUGAAGAUGUAAUCUUCUUAAAAUUUCAAAAUGGCAUUAGGAAUGGCAAUGCUGUUGUUAAAUUUGGAAGAAGUACAGAUGCCAGGGUCGGUCUUGGGUACAACACGCUUUUCAUGGGCACAUGUCAGGUAUCUUUGUUGCCAGCAAAUGAAAAAGAGUGGAUGAAAGCUGGUGGAACUUGUAAAAAAGAAUAUUCUCCACCAAUUUCUCCCAUUUCUGGUAGAAAAAGGACCCACUCUAGAUCACCAGCAAGAAAAAAUCUGAAACGUCAAGUCUAUAUAGACGAAUACUAUGUACAUCUUCAAAACUUGUCUUACAAUGUGACCAAAAGAGAUAUAAAAGGAUAUUUUCGCUUUGCUGACAUUGAAGACUCACAAAUUUCAUUCCUACUUGAUAAAUCGGGCAAAAAGACACGGGAAGCUUUUGUCAUGUUCAAAAGAGGAAAAGAUUAUAAAAGGGCUCUUGACCUGCAUAACGUUCUCUUUCUGGGACGGCCUAUAAGCAUAUAUGCUAUCCCAAAAAAGGCUAUGUUAGAUUUAAUUGCACGUGAAGGAAAAAUUACAUCAAGGUCAAGGGAGCGGUCAAUCUCAAAGGAUUUACCUAAAAGGAGUUCUCGCGAAUCCACAAGUGGUGAAUUAAACUGCAUUUAUUUAAGGAACUUUCCCUUUGAUGUUACCAAGUCUGACAUUAAGAUUUUUUUUACUGGAUUUCCUGUGAAAGAAGAUGAUAUAUUUUUGCUAAGUGACGAUAAAGGGGUUGGUCUAGGGGAAGCCCUAGUAAAAUUCCCAACUAAAAAAGAAGCAUCCAGUGCUGAAAAACUCCACCGUCGAAAGUUUUUAGGGACAGAAAUCCUGUUAAGAUGCAUCGCUGAGGAACAAAUGAAAGCUUUUGGAGUUGAUGUUUGCAUGACCCACUCAGCUGCCAGAGAUUCGUCUAGUCAGUCACUAGAUGAAUCAGUUCCACUUGUUACUGAGACAGAUGACCCACCUGAAGACACAGGCUUGGCGUGUACAUUAGAGUCAGGGGACAUGGUACCGUCAUCAGAUUCCUCACAGGUGACACCUGCCAUGGAUGUUGAAGAGGUUGUGUCGGGGCUCCCUGAAACAUGUGCACCAGGGACAGAUCCUCCGUCAGAUUUCCCUAAAAUAGAAGUACCAGGAACCGAUACUGUGUCAGACACAGGUGCAAAUCCUGCUUCAGACCUCCCUGAAACUAACUCCUUGGGUGCGAAUCUUGCGGCAGGCCCCCCUGAAUCUGAGGCACCAGGUGCGAGUCCUGCGUCAGGCCCCCCUGAAUCUGAGGCACCAGGUGCGAGUCCUGCGUUAGGCCCCCCUGAAUCUGAGGCACCAGGUGCGGGUCCUGUGUCAGGCCCCCCUGAAUCUGAGGCACCAGGUGCGAGUCCUGCGUCAGGCCCCCCUGAAUCUGAGGCACCAGGUGCGAGUCCUGCGUCAGGCCCCCCUGAAUCUGAGGCACCAGGUGCGAGUCCUGCGUCAGACCCCCCUGAGACUGAGGCACCAGGUGCAAAUCCUGCGUCGGGCCCCCCGGAGACUAAGGCACCAGGUGCAAAUCCUGCGUCAGGCCCCCCUCAAACUGAGGCACCAGGUGCAAAUCCUGCGUCAGGCCCCCCUCAAACUGAGGCACCAGGUGCAAAUCCUGUGUCAGGCCCCCCUCAAACUGAGGCACCAGGUGCAAAUCCUGCAUCAGACCCGACUGAGACUGAGGCAGUAGGUGCAAAUUCUGUAUCAGAUCCCCCUCAAACUGAAGCACCAGGUGCAAAUCCAGCGUCGGACAGCCCCACAUCAUGUAUCACAGAGAGGACGCACUCAUUACAAUCUACAGAAGAAAAACCAGUUCUGGAUGUUUCAAAUCCUUCUGUUGCAGAAAAACCUGCCAAUAAAGAAGUGUCCAUUCCUAGAACCAAUCAAGCUGGGGGAGCCACCAGUGACAAAGUAUCUGAUGGAAAAACAAGUUUUGUAACCAUUUUCCUUAGGAAUUUGCCUCGUACAGUUACUGUUGCUGAAAUUUUUGAUUUUUUUCAUGGCUACAAAGUGAGCUCUGUUAAUCUCAAAAACAUUGAAGCGGGUACUGCCACAGUACGUAUACAGAACUACAAAGAAGCUUUGUCUGCCGUAAAUAAGCUUAAUACCAAGCUUGUUGGCAAUAAACGCGUGGUUCUAAGUCUAUUUUGAAAUGCAAAUUCAGUUUCUUCGUUUUACUGGUUUGUGUUUGUAAAAUUUCUUUUGGCAAUACCAAGGAAAGGUUAUUGUUGUUGAUUCCAAAAAAGAAUUCUGCUCUGUAAAUAAAUAAUUUGUAUAUUGUGUGUUUUAGUAAAACAAAAUCUGGAUUUUUUUGUUCCUCUUUUGUUAUUUGUAGGGUCCUUGCAAAGUGCACAUUACCCAUAUUCUUUCUGCUCCCCAAGCACACUAAUGUCCAGUGCUCAUGGGAGCCACAAAAUCUUUAACACAUUCUUUAUAUGUACACAAAUGUUUAGUUCAACUGCAACAAAACCAGUGGUAGAAAGUGAUUUAUAUCAACAUAAUUGCUUUCCUGUAACCAAAACUCAGGAUUGAGUCAUAUGUCAAGUUCUACAAAACUGAAUUCAUGAGUUCAUACAAUAUAGCUUGUUUCAAAUAUCAAAAUGCCUAGUGAAAGGAAAUUUGUGUAUUCAAUAAAGUAAUUCAUUAUAGAAAGAAAGAAAAA